AUCAGGAAGGAGGCAAGAGAACACAAAGUGGUACCUGUAUAUAUAAGGAGGUUGACACGGUAUAAUUUGCAUAUUGUGAGUGUCUGACAAUCCUACUCUAUCAUUUGAGGAGGUUAGAUAGGAUUCGCCCGUCCAUCAUCGUCGAUCAGUGGAUUGGGUAGGUGUCGGCGCAUCAUCCUCGCGGCAUUGCCCAAUGCUUUCCUAAUAUGCAAAUGCUGUUUGGGGUUUAAUUGAAUCAGUAGCACCUGAUCGAUUAUUAAAUGGGCUCUUCACAGUCUUUGCAAGUUACCUCCGAGGAUGAAGAAGAAGGAGAGGGCCGAGGAGAUGAGGUAGCGCAUCAGAGCGGCGGCCGCAACAGGGAGGACGAGAGGCAAGAAUUAGCCGUCGGUGGCUCAAAGAAGGUUCUCCGACAAGAACCGGAGAUACUGCCCUGCCAUUCCUCCGCAUCUCCUCUCUCCCCACAGCCAUCCGCUCUUAGCACCCCCCGUCUGGGCCCCUCCAUCAAAGUGUGGGACCCUUUCAAUGUUCUAGCUCCCCCUCCCCCUCCCACUGAUUUCCACCGCUCCGACGACAGAUUUCUCACCGAGCUUUUCCUGAUCAGCAAUGCCGAGUGCCACAUGAAUCUGAGGCCUGAUUUGAUCGCCGGUCGGUGCCCUGACGCCGCCCUCACCCCUAAUGGAAAGCGCCAAUCCAGAGCAUUGGCCGUUUUCCUCAAAUCUCAAGGCGUUCACUUCACUUCUGUAUAUUCGUCUCCUCUAGAUCGUGCGCGAGCAACUGCUGUUUCCGUAUGUCAGGAACUGAAAUUUUCAGAGGAAGAGAUACAAUCAUCAGAUGCACUUACAGAAAUGAGUCAUGGACACUGGGAAGGAUGCCACCGAUCUGAAAUAUUUACACCUGAAACAAUCAGCUUAAUGGAAAGGUUCCAACCUGAUUUUUCCCCACCAUCAGGAGAAUCAUUAAGGCAGGUAGAAUAUAGGAUGGUACAGUUCCUCAACGAGACUGUGGUGGCAUUGCCUGAAAAGUUCAGAUCUGAUUUCUCCCCGCCGGAUCAGAUCAAUGGCCAGGAUUUCUCCAAUAAUGUCCCUCUUUCUCACACAAGUUCUGUUCCCCAUUUGGAUUUGCUCCACAGGCACCGACAAGGACCUAUUAAAAAGAAAACUGUCAAAAGUAGGCUCCAGAUUGUUGUUGCUUCAACUGGGGAUCAGGCUGAUGAUGAGAUGUCCCCUCGUGUACAAGUCAACCCCAUUUCGAUUCGUGACAUAAAUACCAAAAGUGCCCUUUCUGUUUCAUCCUGUGUGGGCAUCUUCACCCAUGCGACCCCGAUCAAGUGUGCUCUUACUGGGAUUCUUGGGUGCAAUGCAGUAAUGUCAAGUAAGAUCUGUAUAGAAGAUUCUUCUGUAACCGUGUUACAACAUUCAUGGAAGAGGGGAUGGCAGAUAAAGAGACUGAAUGAUUUCUCACAUCUUAGACUUCUAUAGUAAACAUUAUUUCAGUAUCACGGAAGAGAUUAUUUUUACUGUACACUAGUCUUGCUACAUAAAUUAUGCCCAGAGAAAAACCACGUUGAAUUCAUGCCGCAGCUUGGGGAAACCACAUUUUGAUUCUUGUAAGAGUGUGCUAUUUUUAAAUUUUGAUUCCAAUUCUAGGGUAAUUGCUUUGGUGGUAGAAGUUGAGACCGAAGUGCGAGCCUGACACAACCAGUCUUUCCCUUGUGUCCUUGAGGUCCAAGGUUCGAGACCACCCUCUUCCAAACAGUGGCUUCGACUAUGCACUUCAUCAGACCCUCCAUUGUGUCCCAGGCCUCCCAGCUUUGGCACUUGGCACACCGUUUUAUACGAGUGUUCGGAUUUGGAAUCACUGUUUUGUUGAUUAUAUGCCUGUUUGUUACAUUGUCCAAUGUUGUUCCUCUGAUGUGUGAAAUGUGUGAUACAUAAUACAUCUCAUUGGAUUAUUUUUCAAUCGUUUAGUGCUCCACACCUAGUCCAGUUAACUCAAUCCAAGUGCGGCAAGUGGUUUUAUGAAUUUUGAUUGAACCAGUUAAUUUAUUUAAUUCAAACUCUUUGUUUGGUUUGACUCAAUUGCAUAUGGCUUAAUUUAGUG